AUGAGGGUACUUGAGCGAUUGGAGUAGGUUGCGUCAUCGAAGUGGAGGGAGCAAAGCGGAUAAGAUUGGGCGAAAUGGACAGUGUUCUUGCGGAUAUCCUCCAUUUCAAAUCCGAGUUUCCGGAAAAUGA